AUGCAGGACGGAGAAGUGAGCUCAGUGGCCGUUGUUCCAGAGGACGCUUUUCAUCACAGUACAAACUCCACCUACAGACCCGCGGGCAGCAGUCUCCUCGCCGACCAGGAGGCGCUGCUGGAGAAACUGCUGGACAGCCCCCCUCCCGUCUUGCAGAGGCCGGGAGACCGCUUCAAUGGCGCCUACCUCAUCUUCUUCAGCCUGGGCAUUGGUGGACUGCUGCCCUGGAACUUCUUUGUCACUGCCAAGGAGUACUGGAUAUUUAAAUUCAGCAACUGCUCCAGCCCCGCGCCAGGGAAGGAUGCUGAGGGCUCUGACAUCUUGAACUACUUCGAGAGCUACCUGGCCAUCGCCUCUACUGUGCCCUCCAUGCUGUGCCUGAUGACCAACUUCCUGCUCGUCAACAGGGUUCCGGUCCACACCCGGGUGCUGACCUCGCUGACCAUCAUGCUGGCCAUCUUCGUGGUGAUGACGGUGCUGGUGAAAGUGGACACCUCCUCCUGGACCCGAGGCUUCUUUGCGGUCACCAUGGUCUGCAUGGCCGUCGUCAGCGGCUCUGCCACCGUCUUCAACAGCAGCGUCUUCGGCAUGUCCGCCUCCUUCCCCAUGAGGGACUCCCAGGCGCUGAUUUCAGGGGGAGCCAUGGGGGGCACCAUCAGUGCUGUGGCUGCGCUGGUGGACCUGGCGGCAUCCAGCCACGUGACGGACAGUGCUCUGGCCUUCUUCCUGACUGCGGACGUCUUCCUGGGACUCUGCAUCGGGCUCUACCUGCUGCUGCCCCGGCUGGAGUAUGCCAGGUACUACAUGAGGCCCCUGAAGCCCGCCCGAGCACUGCCUGCAGAAGAGCGGCCGCCCUGGGACGCCCCCAGCAGCCCCUUGCUGGCCCCCGCGGCCAGCGACCCCCCGACCCCCCCUCUGCACCCCAUCCUGAAGAAGACGGCCGGCCUGGGCUUCUGCGUCACCUACACCCUCUUCAUCACCAGCCUCGUCUUCCCCGCCCUCUCCACCAACAUCGAGUCCCUCCACCGGGACUCGGGCUCCCCGUGGGCCACCAAGUUCUUCGUGCCGCUCACCACCUUCCUGCUGUACAACGUGGCCGACCUGUGUGGCCGGCAGGUCACGGCCUGGAUCCAGGUGCCGGGGCCCAAGAGCCGGCUGCUGCCCGCCCUGGUGCUGCUGCGCACCGGCCUGGUGCCCCUCCUGGUCUUCUGCAACUACCAGCCCCGCCUCCACCUGCAGACCGUGCUCUUCCGCUCUGACGUCUACCCCGUGGUCUUCACCUCGUUGCUGGGGCUCAGCAACGGCUACCUCAGCACCCUGGCCCUCGUCUACGGCCCCAAGAUCGUGCCCCGGGAGCUGGCCGAGGCCACGGGCGUGGUGAUGUCCUUCUACCUGUGCCUGGGCCUGGCGCUGGGCUCCGGCUGCUCGGCGCUGCUGGUGCACCUGAUCUAGGC